AUGUCCUUCACGCAGGGGUGCUGGGUGCUGCGGCGGCGUCCCCGCUCCCAGCCCCGGCAGCAGCGAUACCCCGUCAGGGCUGUGAGCAGCGUUAGGAGGUUUUACAGGGGCUUGCUGCGGGAUUUCAUUGGGAACCUGCCUCCGCAGCGCCUGCUGAAGCAGAAGCUGCAGUCCCUGACGGACAUAGUCAACAGCAAGAUCUUCCAGUCCUACGAGUGCCGGGAGAUGCUGCUGCACACGGCCGUGUCCGUCCUCCAGGAGCUGAUUGAGAGGGGAGAGGAGGAAGACGCCUGUAUCGAGCUGCUUAGCAACAUCCUGGAGGUGCUGUACAAGGCCCAGAAGAGAGCAGAGGAGCAGAGCAGGCAGCACAGUGGAGGCAAGGGACGGCACAAGGAGCACGGUGACUCAGAGCUGGUGAAGGUGAAGAAGCACAUUCAGCUGAUUCUGGACCGGCUGCUGCACACGGUCAAUCGGAGAGUGAUCGUCCUGGACCGGGAGAACAACCUCAGAUUUGAGGACGAGAUCCUGCGCAAGCUGGACAGCGAGGUGGAGGGCGGCCGGGGAGAUGAACAGUACAAGCAGCUUUUUGAGAGCAUGUGA